AUGGAUCCAGAAAAGUUAAAAGUGGUCGAAUUACGGACAGAACUCUCAAAGCGUGGACUCGAUACGAAAGGCGUCAAGUCAGUGCUUGUUGAGAGACUUCGUAAGGCGAUAGAAGAGGAAAAUGCAAGCCAGCUAAAUCAGGGAAAAGUAAAUGCCAGUACUGAAGAAUCACAAGAUGAUGCAGUUCAAGAAAAUGAUGAAAAAUCGACAAAAGUACCACAGACACCAAAAAAGUCUAGUAGAUUAUCCAAAAGUGCUUCUGUGAUGCCAAAGGAAGAUCCUGUGAUGAAAAAACGAAGAACAUCUAGAGUUGGGUAUUCUAGAAGAAGAACGUCUCCAAAAAAAGCAGAUCAAAAUGAUAUGUCUCGUGAACCAUCUCCCACAAUAUCUGAACCUGCUUUACAAGAAGAAGCUAUACCAGAAGAAACUGCACAAGAAGAAGCAGCUAUGCAGGAAGAAACCACUACACAAGAUGAAACAGCUAUGCAAGAAGAUACUGUUGUUCAGGAAGAAACUUCUGUGCCAGAAAAAAAGCUUUUGUCAUCAGAAAAAAAUGAAGAAGAAGGAACAAAAGAUUCAUUGCAAAAUAUAGAGAAUGAGAGUACUAAUUCUAUGGAUGUUAUAAAAGAAGAAGAUGAAAUAAAGGAUACCGAUACUACAGAAAGUAAUAAAAAUGAAAAGGAUAUAACUCUUUCACAAAUAUCUCCUGUAAAAUCACCAGGGGGACAUAGUGAUACUGAUGUUUCAAUUUCAAAGGAAUCAUUAGAUGAUAAAGAUGAUGUGGAUCAAAAACAAGAAUCAAUAGCAGAGAUCAAAUCAAACCAAGAAGCAGUCGAAAACACACGUCUAAAGAAAAGUGAAAAUACUACUCCAGUAUUUUCUGUUACAGAUGCACAAGAAAAUUUGACUGUAAUUAAUGAUACAUGUGAUAAAUCAGAUAAUACUAAAGGGGAAACUAUUCAACACGAAGAGGAAAAUGUAGAAUCUGUAGAUAAUGAUCAUAUUGUAGAAUCAAUUAAUGAUAAUGAAACUACUGACAUUCCUGACACAGAGCAACCAACAAAUGAUUUACUUGGAGAAGAACAAGAUAUAGAUAUCAAUGAAAGUGAUGAAUUAAAAGCUGAAGAUCAGUUCAUGGAGAAUAAAAAUGUUUUGUCUACUAGUGAAAAAGAAGUGGAUAGUAGUAUUGAAAAAAGUCAAGAUGAAGAGGAUAUAGAAAUGACAGAAAUUAAACACGAAGAAGAUACAGAUGUAGAUAUGAAAGAACAAGAUACGAACGACAUGGUUAGGGAUAAAAAGCGGAAAAGAUCUCCUAGUCCUUUAGAAGAUCGGCAUGAUUCGCCCUUUCCCAUUGACAUCGAGAAUGAACCUGAAAUUGAUGAUUCUGCUUUAAUACUGUCGUGGUAUGAUUCGGAUUUAAAUUUGGUUAUUGAUAAAGAUGGAUUUUUUACUGCUACACCUAUGCUCAAUGGCGGAUUUUCGCUCAUGUGGGCUGGUGCAAGAGCGUCCUAUGGUUUUCUUUGUGGAAAGGUUUAUUAUGAGGCAAAAAUAGUUGAAUACUGUACCGUUAAUGCAGAAAAUGAAGAACAUCCACAUGUACUCAGAAUUGGUUGGUCUACUCCUUAUACUUCAAUGCAACUUGGGGAAGAAAAUUUCAGUUUUGGAUAUAGCAGUACUGGUAAAAGAUUAACGGAUAAUCAGUACGAAGAUUAUGGGCUUCAGUUUGGAAAGGAUGACAUUAUCGGUUGUUAUUUUGAUGCGACAACCGAAAAUGUUAUACUGUCUUAUACAGUUAAUGGAAAGGAUCAAGGCAUAGCAUUUAGCAUUUCCAAAGAAGAACUUAGUGACAAACCAUUAUUCCCACAUAUUUUAAGUAAAAAUUGUAGCUUUGCUUGCAACUUUGGCCAAGAAACACCCUGGACAGAUGAAAUUUUACAAGAUUACGUUUCAAUCGGAAAUGUGGAGUCUCAAUAUAAAAUUCCUGGUCCACGAAGACCAGAGAAAAAAGACGAAUGCGAAGUAAUAAUGAUGUGUGGAUUACCUGCUUGCGGGAAAACUACAUGGGCAACGAAAUAUGCAACACAACAUCCUCAAAAGAUGUACAACAUCUUAGGGCUCAGUAGUCUAAUCAAUAAAAUGAAAGAUCCCGGAUUAUCCUACAAAGAAGGUUAUGACGAACAAUGGAAGAGACUUAUCGAUAAAUGUACCGAUGCAUUAAACAAACUGAUGGAAAUGGCUUCUAGUAGAAGGCGUAAUUAUAUAUUAGAUCAAACAAAUGUGUAUCCUUCCGUACAACGACGUAAAAUGAAAAAUUUUUACGGAUAUCAGAGAAAAGCAGUAGUUAUAGUUCCAUCAGAAGAAGAAUUUAAGUCACGCACUAUCAAGCAUAAAUCAAUAGAAGGCAAGGAAAUUACUGAUUCUAUGCUUCUAGAAAUGAAAGCGAGUUUUAGAGCUCCAGUUGUUGGUGAAUCGUUCGAUGUUGUUAAUUGGGUUGAGCUUGAUCAAGAAGAAGGUGGGAAACUUAUAGAAAAUUAUAAUAAGGAGGGGAAAGAAGCAGGCUAUGGAGAACAACAAAUGUAUAAACGACCACGCAUUGAUUUGAGAUCGGAGAACGCCCAUGAUUAUCGAAGUGACAUAAGAAGCAAUCGCGACAAUAGAGAUAAUCGAGAUUAUCGUGACAGGAGAAAUAACUAUUCCGACAGAAAUCGUAAUCCCGUUUGGCGUGGUAAUAUGGGAUGGAGGGAUAGACCACAAAGAGGAGGUGGGCAUAUAAGACACGGUGGUGGUAGUGGGGGUGGUGGUGGUGGUGGUGGUGGUGGAGGCGGUGGUGGUUAUGGGCCUCCGAUGCCACGCAGGAGAAGGGGUGUACCAAUUCCACUUGUACACCGAGGAAUGAAUAGAAGAUGUGGAAAUGUUGACAGAAGAGGAGGAAAUGACAGAGGGCGAGCUUUGGGUUCUCGUCAAGGUACCCGAUCAAGAGCUCCAAUAGGGAAUUAUCAAGGGUCGCAACAGUCCGUUUGGAGUCAGCAAGGCAACUGGCCAAGUGGUCAAUCUCAAGAAGGAUGGGGCCAACAAAAUAAUUGGGGAUCACAACCGUGGAGUAAUUGGAAGAGUUAUGGACAAAGCUCAUACAAUCAAAGCAAUUAUAAUCAACAAGGAUAUGGUAAUGGAAAUUGGAGUAGUUGGAAUCAGCAGUAUUAUAAUCAGUAUUGGGGCCAGCAGCAACAGAGUGGACAAACAACAACAACUAGCGGACAAACUGCGAACAAACAAUAAUCCACUAGGAUAUAUGUCAUAAAAGUGGAAUAAUAAGGCAGAAUGAAAAACAUAACUGCUUCAUCUAACGAUUCCACAAUGGGAUAUAGACUUAUCCUCAAACUGACGAGGAAAAAAAAUGAAAACUCCAGGUCAUAGUGUUGUCGAUACUGGGCAUCGGUUUUGAUCACACAUAAAUAGAUGGACAAAUUUUUCCACGACAAUAUAUUCACAAUUUUUGUUCGUAUAUUUUGCAAUGUACGAAACCCAAAGUUAUCUAUCGCGAUUUUAUAACUCGAGCAACAAUCUAGAUUUUGUCGAGUGAAGGCACCGUUACACAUGCAUCACAUGAAAUUGUUUUGCAUUGCAAAA